UAAAGGGGCCAUGUUGAUGGGUGACCCCGAGAGAGGUACUGGGAAGAGAGGCGAGUCCUGAAGAGUGGUAGCGAGCGCUCCCCGCGGAGUGUGGCACCCAGCCCCUGUGAGUCCCCCAUGGCCCCGUGGAGCCGAGAGGCUGUGCUCAGUCUGUACCGGGCUCUGCUGCGCCAGGGCCAAGAGCUCCGCUACACUGAUAGAGAUUUCUACUUUGCCUCUGUCCGCCGGGAAUUCCGGAAAAAUCAGAAGCUCCAGGAUCCAGUCGCCCGGGAGAAGCAGCUGGAGAAGGGCCUGGUCUUUCUCCAUAGCAAACUUGGGGGUCUUGUUUAGGAUACUAUUUAUUUUCCCCCCUCCUACCCUAAUUCCAAAGAGAAGAGGACAAAGGUGCCUUCCUAGACACUCUGGCCCUCUUCCACCCCCACUUCACAGAUGCAUUAGGAAGCCUCAGGUGAGAGAUGGCAGGCGCUGGUGAGUGCAAAGGCAAGAAGGAUGACAAUGGCAUUGGCACAGCCAUUGAUUUUGUGCUUUCCAAUGCCCGGCUGGUGCUGGGGGUGGGUGGAGCAGCCAUGCUGGGCAUUGCGACACUGGCAGUU